CCUGGAAUAGCAGACAAAUUCGAUAACCGUGUCAACUGUAUACUUCGAGUUGUGUGUUUUUCUGGAUUGAGGAUACAAACUUGGGGCUUGAAAGACCGCGUUAUUGAACUGUUAAUAAAUAUCUAGUGUGCAGUCGGUGUCGUCCAGGUCACAAAGAACGGCUGUUACAUUAAAGUUAUCGAAUUUCCGCAAAUAAAGUUAUCGAAAUUUGCAUAUAACGUUUGAUAUUGCAUAAAUAAAGUAAUCGUCGAAUGCCGGCAGGAGUUCGGUAUAACGUCAAAUUGGAAGAAAUCAUCCUACUGUUGAACAUUUGAACUUUUGUUGCUUGUUCGAUGAGCACUGUAAUUGUACAUUAUGGAUGCACAAUCUGUUUCGAAAUCAAAUUUAGAAGAGUUACGUGCUCGUCUGAAGGAAUUAUAUCAAGAUGCUGAGAGACUUAUGUCAGACUACAAAAAUCGAGAUUUGUUGAAAUUGAAAAGUGCUGACAUUGACAAACGGUUCACCGAGUAUUCAAAUGCUCAUGAAAUUCAUGUGAGUACUUUACGUUCUGAAGAAGAUCGAAGAAAUGUCAGUGAAUUUUUCCAGUGUGAACUGCGCGAGUUUCAAGAAUUUAAUGUGCACUUACGUGAUUGGUUCAAAAAGAGUGACGCUGAUGGUCAUAAAUCAUCGACACAUAGCCCUAAAGCACGUUCUAUAAUUUCUGGGAAAAGUUCCCGUCGUUCGUGUGCCAGUUCAAGUUCGAGUACUAAACGUACAGAAGCCAUUUCCAUCAGAGAACUUGCUCAUGCUAGUAUUUGGCAGCAAGUAGAAAAAGAUGCCGCAAAAAAGCGAGAAAUUGAUGCGAAAAUGGCAGCAGAGAAAAUGAAAUUAGAUGCCCAAAUUGAAGCUGAAAGGCUGGAACGUGAGGCUACAAAAAAUGCUAAAAGGUUGGAACGCGAAGCUAUGGAAAAUGCUAGAAAGCAAGAGCAGGAAGCCCGAAUGAAGGCUGAAAAGCUUAAACGUGACGCUGAAAUAAGAGCUAGACAAAUCGAAGAGGAUGCUCAAAGUGGAACAAAGCGUUUGGAAUUGCAGCAUGCAUAUGAAUCAGCCUGUAUAGCAGCCGAUGUAUGGGAAAAUGCUUCUCAGGGAGGCGAAGGUAUGUCAUUAUAUGAAAAUAUAUCUCGUUCACAUUCACCUAAUAAAAUCCAAGAGUCGAAUGAAAUAGUGGUUCCGGUAUCUAAGCCUCCUGAUGUGAGACCUAAACUGCCAGCAUCAGAUUUGUUGUCACAAUCUCGAGUCACAGUGGAAAAUCCUGCACUAAAUGUUAGAAGACCAGUUUCUACUGUUAAUAUGCGAGAUGCCAUGAGCCCAUGA